CCUUCACUUCCGGGAAAGGGCGGGGCGCGCUCUGCGCAUGCGCGCUGCCUCUCCCGGAAGCGGCUGCUGGGGCUCCGCCGGUGCGCUCCGCGGGCCAUGGCCGGCAUCAAAGCGCUGAUCAGCCUGUCCUUUGGGGGAGCGGUCGGACUGAUGUUCCUGAUGCUGGGAUGCGCCCUCCCCCAGUACAACCAGUACUGGCCACUGUUUGUUCUGUUUUUUUACAUCCUUUCUCCUAUACCGUACUGCAUAGCAAGAAGAUUAGUAGAUGACACAGAUGCUACAAGUAACGCCUGCAAGGAGCUAGCCAUAUUUCUUACAACAGGCAUUGUUGUCUCAGCAUUUGGGCUACCUAUAGUGUUUGCCAGAGCAGAACUGAUUUACUGGGGUGCGUGUGCACUUGUUCUUACGGGGAAUACAGUCAUCUUUGCUACGAUCCUAGGAUUUUUCUUGGUCUUUGGCAGCAAUGACGACUUCAGCUGGCAGCAGUGGUGAAAGGAAGAUAAAGAACUAUCACAGACAUCUUGUCGUUCAGUGGCCAUGCAUACAAAUGAGAGAAUGGGCAAUAAGAGAAGUAGUGUAGCAAGCCUCUCGAGUAUUCUAGAUACUCCUUUUUUUCUCCUUGUUCAUUCUGAGUGUACUACUGUUUUCCUGAUGGGUUUCUAGGUUUUUAUGAAGUGAAGAGAUGGUUGAUUUCAUUUUUACCUUUGGUAUAUUUUUAGGUGCUCUGUUUGUUUAAAAUUUUCAUUCUUGUUCUGCUCAGUGUGUAUGUAAAGCUUUAAAGCUGGAACAAGAAUGUUAAAAACAAGGUUUCAAAGAAAAUUUCAAGUCUUUUUGUUGUUUAGCAUUAAUACAGUGCUUCAAAAUAACUUUUUUAAAAUGGUGAUUAUAUACAAGCUGAACUGACAUAAGCAAUUUUACACCACCAUUGUCAAUUACCAGUUAUAAAGAUUGUAGUUAUAUUUUACCAGAGGCAAGGGUGGGGGAGUACCAAUAGCAGAUUUUUCUUCUGCCCAUACCUAAAACUGGGUGAUGAAUGUUGAUAGCCUUCAGUUAAGGAAAAGGCUGAGAAGCAGGUAGAGUUAUUUGGGAAAAAUCCUGAAUUUAAGCACUGUUAGCACUUUACCUGCUUCUUUAUCAAUUUUUGUGUGGAUGUGACAUUCAAAUUCUCUGUAAACGUGUUGAUGCUAUGACAUACAAAACCAAAUUGCGUUGUAGGGGAAGGGAAAAACGACGUUUAAAUUCCGUUUUUAAAAUCUUUUUUUGAACUGUAUUUAUAAGUAUUGUAUGGUUUUGAGCUUUUAUGUCAACUUUUUACCACAAAGAGGGUAAAAUGUUCACUUACGGAACUACUGGUCUGAGUUAAUUUGAAGCAUGUACGAAACUUUUUCCUCAUUCCCCUUUUUAAUUUAUUUUAUACGUAAAUAGAAUAAAGCUUUUCAAAUGUAGAUUAAAACUAUGUUAAACUUGCCUAAGAAUGAUCUUGCCUAAGAAUGAUUCCCUCCACCCUUUUUUUUCCUUUGCACAAUGCAGUUGAGCUAUGACUUUUUUGGAAGUCACUGGCUGAACUGAUUUCACUGACUGUUUUUAAGUUCUUAUGCACUAUGGGUUAAUAAGAUUUAAUGUGUUGUCUGUAACUGUAGACUUGUGUUCUGUAAGUUUACACAUGUAGCUUCAAAUAUUUCAGUCAUUUCUGCAUACCUCUCAA